CUUCAGCGGCCGCAGCGGAAGCGGGGGCCGGGGGAGGAGGCGGGGGGCGGCGCUAGGAGCCGGCGGGGCCCGACGAGAGUCACCGUGUCACGGCGCCCGGGAAGCUGCUGGAUCCGCCCCCUGGAGAGGCCGGGGCCGCCGCAACCGACCCCCCGCGCCCGCUGCCCCCUGCCCGCGCCGGACUUAGCGCGCGGGGCCCAGGCCGAGCGGCGCCGAGCAGCCAGGGGAGCCCGGGACGGGCCUGGGCCGCCGCCUCUGAACUAGGAUGUCCCGACAUGAAGGUGUCAGCUGUGAUGCAUGUUUAAAAGGAAAUUUUCGAGGUCGCAGAUACAAGUGUUUAAUUUGCUACGAUUACGAUCUGUGUGCAUCUUGUUAUGAAAGUGGUGCAACUACAACAAGGCAUACAACUGACCAUCCAAUGCAGUGCAUACUAACAAGGGUAGAUUUUGAUUUGUACUAUGGUGGAGAAGCUUUCUCUGUAGAGCAGCCACAGUCUUUUACUUGUCCUUAUUGUGGAAAAAUGGGUUAUACGGAAACAUCUCUUCAAGAACAUGUUACUUCCGAGCAUGCAGAAACAUCAACGGAAGUGAUUUGUCCAAUAUGUGCGGCGUUACCUGGAGGGGAUCCUAAUCAUGUCACAGAUGACUUUGCAGCACAUCUUACACUGGAACACAGAGCUCCUAGAGAUUUAGAUGAGUCCAGCGGUGUUCGGCAUGUGCGUAGAAUGUUUCACCCAGGCCGGGGUUUGGGAGGCCCUCGCGCACGUAGAUCAAACAUGCACUUUACUAGCAGUUCCACUGGUGGGCUUUCAUCUUCACAGAGUUCAUAUUCUCCAAGCAAUAGGGAAGCUAUGGAUCCUAUAGCUGAGCUUUUAUCUCAGUUAUCAGGCGUGAGGCGUUCUGCAGGAGGACAGCUCAAUUCCUCUGGCCCUUCUGCUUCUCAGUUACAGCAGUUGCAGAUGCAACUGCAGUUAGAACGACAACAUGCACAGGCAGCACGACAACAACUGGAGACAGCACGCAAUGCAACCAGACGCACCAAUACAAGCAGUGUCACCACCACUAUUACACAAUCUACAGCAACAACCAACACAUCUAACACAGAAAAUAGUCAGCAGGCUAUCCAGAACUCCCAAUUUCUUCUUACAAGGUUGAAUGAUCCUAAGAUGUCAGAAGCAGAGCGUCAGUCAAUGGAAAGCGAACGGGCAGACCGUAGCCUAUUUGUUCAGGAGCUUCUACUGUCCACUUUGAUGCGGGAAGAAAGUUCCUCCUCAGAUGAGGAUGAGAGGGGGGAAAUUGCCGAUUUUGGUGCUAUGGGCUGUGUAGAUAUUAUGCCUUUAGAUGUUGCUUUAGAAAACCUAAAUUUAAAAGAGAGUAAUAAAGGAAACGAGCCUCCUCCACCUCCUCUUUGAUGACAUCCCACUUCGCAGACAAUGUCCUCUGUGCUGUAUUUGCCAAUGAAAGUGGACAACUACUAUCUUGGGUUUGUUUUGGUGAUUGUAAUUUCAGGUCUGUCACUCUUGUUACAUUGUGUACAUUCAAAAGGAAGAGAGAAAAAGAUAUAUAUGAUAAUCAUUUCCACUUAACUAAUUUUUACUUCUAGCAGGUAAAUGUAGGUUGCAGUGCAGAGGAGAAACCUCUGUGUUCUGCACCUUGACAUGCAAAAGGCUCUCCUAAUACUCCACGUUCAAACUGAAGAGGAAAAAAUGAAAAAUCUCUAAUGAAGCUGCUGUGUGUAUUUAUGAAUAUUAAUGAAUAAAAACUGCUUGGAUGGUUUACCUUAA